ACUGUUGAAUAGGACAUACAUGAAAUCCGUUCUCUAGUUUGUUUAAGUUGAAAACUUACCAAACUUACUCCCUAAACAUAUUUCUUCCCUUAAAGGGCCACAACAGCAUUUUUGCAGGCCAGAGUUUUGCUCAACAUGGAGACACUAAUUUUAUUCGUUGGCAUAAUAGGAAACAUCAUCUCAGUGCUCAUGUUUCUUUCUCCGGUGAAGACGUUUUGGAGGAUUGUGAAGCGUAAAUCGACUGAGGAUUUUGAGAGUCUUCCUUACAUUUGUACACUGCUGAAUUCAUCAUUAUGGACAUACUAUGGAAUUACAAGGCCAGGAAGUUAUCUCGUGGCAACAGUCAAUGGUUUUGGUGUGGUCGUUGAAAUAAUUUAUGUAUCUUUGUUCCUCAUUUUUGCUCCUCCAAAAAUGAAGGGCAAGACUGCCGUACUUGCCGGUGCUUUGGACGUCGGAUUUUUGGCGGCGGCCAUUUUAGCCACUCAAUUCUUGACGACCGGAGAUACGAGGAUCGAUGUAAUAGGCUACAUGUCUUCAGGCCUAAACAUCAUCAUGUAUGGCUCCCCUCUUGCAGCCAUGAAAACUGUGGUGACAACAAAAAGUGUGGAGUAUAUGCCUUUCCUGCUCUCAUUUUUCCUGUUCUUGAAUGGAGGGAUUUGGACUUUCUAUGCCGUGCUUGUGCAAGACUGGUUUCUGGGAGUUCCAAAUGGCAUUGGCUUCAUCCUCGGCACAGUUCAGCUGGUACUCUAUGCAAUUUAUAGGAACGCAAAAUCUAGUUAUUCUGCAUCAGCCGAUUUAGAGGAAGCAUCGGAGAGACAGUCCCUUCUUCCACCUUCGGCCUCGGGGCACACAAGCCACGGAUAGAGAGAGUAAUUGCCAUGCAUCCAACAUACAUAUAAAUCAUGACACAACUCCUAUUUACAUCUUUUUAUUUUUUUUAUUUUUUUCCCUUUCUCUUUUUAUU